AUGGUUGGAAAUCCUAUGGCCCAUGUCUCAGGAUGCCCAAAAGUGCUAUACUCACCAAUUCUUACUUUACCGAGUAGUUCUUCAAAUUGCUUGCCUCAGUUGCCAUUGAGAUCACAGAGGAAACCAGCCCGGAUAAGAGCUCCAUCCGCUGAUACAGGACAUAGUCACCCACCCUCUAAUGUGAAAACUCAGAACCCAUUUUCUUUGGUUUUGGAUGUUUCUCAAACUAUAUGGAGGCAAACAUUGCGGCCAUUGAAUGAUUUUGGGUUUAGUCGGAAGAGCAUUUGGGAAGGUGGGGUUGGGUUGUUUCUAGUGUCUGGUACUGUUCUCAUAGCUCUUAGUUUGUCUUGGUUGAGGGGGUAUCAAAUACGGCAUAAAUUCCAGAAGUAUCAGGCUGUGUUCGAGUUUGCUCAAGCUUGUGGUAUUAGCAUCGGAACACCAGUGAGGAUUAGAGGGGUGAAUGUUGGCAAUGUCAUCCGCAUUAAUCCUUCAUUGAAAAGUAUUGAAGCAGUUGUUGAGGUUGAUGACGAUAAAACAGUCAUACCUCGAAAUUCACUUAUAGAGGUGAACCAAUCGGGUCUUCUCAUGGAAACUUUAAUUGAAAUUACACCUCGCAAUCCAAUUCCAACACCUUCAGUAGGGCCACUUGACCCAAAAUGUUCUGAAGAAGGUCUAAUUGUAUGUGAUCGCCAAAAGAUAAAGGGAAAUCAAGGAGUAAGUUUGGAUGCAUUGGUGGGGAUAUUCACCCGUUUGGGACGUGAAGUGGAGGACAUUGGUAUUGCCAACCACUAUUCACUGGCUAAACGAGUUUUAUCUGCUAUUGAAGAAGCAAGGCCAUUGCUCUCAAAGAUCAAAGCCCUGGCUGAAGAUGUUCAACCUUUGCUGGCUGAAGUUCGUGAUAGUGGUUUGCUACAGGACGCUGACAAAUUAACCAGAAGCCUUAGAGAAUCCUGUGAGGAAUUGAGAAGGGUACAUUCAUCUAUCAUGACCCCUGAGAACACUUUACUGAUUCAGGAUUCUAUUCGAACUUUGCUUUUUACCUUGAAGAACAUUGAGAAUGUAUGCUCUGAUAUUCAGGGAUUUACGGGUGAUGAGGCUACAAAACAGAAUUUGAAAGCACUUGUCAGGUCCCUUAGCAGGCUAAUGUGAAGACAAAUGAAAGUUGGAAAUAGGGAAGCAUAUUAUGACAGUUAAUUAGAUGGUUAAAAAUGGUGCUCUUCUUCCAUUGUCAUUUUAGGGAGAAACUGAAGUUUGUCCUUUUUGGGAUUUUCUUUUGGUUGCACUUGCAUAGAAAGGCUUUGAUGCUAAAGGUAAAAGUUGCGUACUUUUAUCUGGUUUAAAUGUGAAUUCUAGUCAAAGUAUGCAUUCUCAGCAUUUAGCUUGGAGGUUCCGUCCGUUUAUUGCAAAGGGUUGUAUACUUGUAUUGCAACAUCAAACAUUAUGA